GGGAUUUGGUAAUGAGUUAAGGCAACAUUAAGGAUUAAUUAAAGAUCCUGUUCUAAGGUCUAGGAAAUCAGCUUUUACAUUUGUGGAGAAAUACCUUGUGCCAGGAAAACACUUGUUAACUUCUGAGAACUGGAGAAACUGGUUUUUAUUGGAGAGGGUUUUGCUGAUAGAAUUAAACAAGUGACGGAAAAAGCCUUUGCUGCAGAGGAUCAUCUCUAAAGAAUCCUUGGCUGAUGAAGUGUUGGAGCAGAUAUUACAUGUGCUGUUCUCAGCUCUGCUGCUUUGUGCUGUACUUGGAAAUAUCUUUCCUUAGUCAGGGUGUAGUUGGAAUUGGUUGAAGAUCCAGUGCACUGUAGGGAAUCAAGCUCUGGUCAGGAGUGGUAUUAAUUCCCAACACCUUAUACACCCCCAGUAAAUACAGCACAAUAUUCAAAAUACAUUUCUAUAGGAUAAAAGACACCUGUGAGUUGAGUGCUGGUUGAGUUUUGGUGAAGGAAGGGUUGUUAGUCUCUUGUCCUGAAAAUGCAGGAACAAUUUUUUACCACCAGAUACCUCAACUCCAUUACUGGAUUUAUCCUCUAACUUACCCCAAGCAACACCCACAUCCUGAAUUCUGAACUUCCAUCACUGGUAUCUUAUGCUGUCUCUUCCCUGAAGCUUUCAAGAUAAACCAACUGCAGUACCUCAGUCUGGAGGGGGAGAGAUUUCUAGCAUGAGAAGAGAAUUUUUCCCCUUGGAACAGGAAAGGAAAUGGAAAAAUACCUUGAGGAUAGUUUGAUAGCCUCAACAUCCUUAGUGACCACCUGUCAGACUGCACAGACAACCUGUGACCAUCAUGGGGAAGCACCAAAGGAAGGCAGAAAUGUAAGGCAAAAUCUGGGAUGUUUGGGAAAUUAUUUUGGUUUGUUGAGGUUGUGCUUUUUUUGUUGGGUUUUUUUUUGGGGUUUGAUUUGGGUUUUAAGCACUUAAGUUGCUCAGUGACUCUUGCUAGACCAUUAAGUGGUGUGAUCUCCCGCAUUUCUAUCAUCGGGUGGGUAUAUUUGAUGCUUAUCUUGACACGUAAGAAAAUUACCAAGCAGUCAAAUUAGACUUAACCUGUGCUUUUGGGUUGUGCCACAAUCUCAGCAUUGGUGGAUUGUUCUGCUAACAAGUUUGUUAGUUUUGGGGUUUUAAUUAAAGAGGCAAAGGGAUGAAGUUCCUUAUUUGUGGCAUAUUAGGACUGUAUUCCUGUUAUGUCCAGGUAUCUCCCUUUCCCCCUUCUUUCCCAGGCUGCUGGGACUGCUGUGCUGGGUACACUGGAUGAUGUGAUGAUGUCUCCUGUCAGUUUUUCACAGUUAGGCAUCCCCAGCAUCCCACACCCUGCUCAGUCUCACACUUCCUUCCACAGCUUCAGGCUUCCUGGAAUCCUGCAGCACAGCCUCCAGCUCCCUUUUCCCCAGCACUCUGGAAAACACAAUAAUCUGGUAAAAUGCAAGGGGGAAAAUAAAGCCCAGUGGCAGUAGAAGGGUUUGCUGUCCACUGACCUGGGAAGAUUUUAACUCUAACCCUGCUGUGAGUUACUAGCUGAUGUGUUUUGCAUCCUCGUAGCAUUCUGCAGUACCUGGAAGGCAUCUUCUGGGGAUUUCUAAUAAAAGGAGGGAAAUUUGACCUCAGCCUGCUCUAGACUUCCCAGCUGCCAGCAGGCAGAGGAAUCCCUGCUCCAAGGAAGGGGUUCCAGGUGGUUAAUCCAAGGCAAAGUCCUCAGGGCACUGGUGCCGUGGUAGUUACAGUCUGGUUUAAUAUCAAACUCUGCGGAAUAUGUAGAAUAUUGCUGAGAAGAUUUUGCUGCUGGAGCUGGACACACACUUCCCUUGGAGAAUACGAGAUGCCAUCAUUUCUGAUUGGCUUCUUAGGAAAGCCAGCAAGAAACCAAAUAAAUCUGUUCUAGCAAUAAGUGCAGUCAGAUUACAGUAAAUCCAGGUAGAAGCCCAGCUGAGCUGACCUUGAAAGUAUUCUUUUAAAAGCUUCUCACUGCUGUUCUUAUUUAUUCUGUCCUCGCUUUUAUUUCUAUUUUUUUUUCUGGGUUAAUUUCCCCUUUUAUUAUUCCAGCUGCUUUCCCCUAGAAAUCUUUUGUUAAACUCAUAAGAUAUAAAUCUUAGGCUGAGAUGAGAGCAGAUUCCAACAAUUAAAAGUAAUUUCCAGUAAAUAUCUGCAAAAGAACACUUGUCAAAAAUAUCUUGGUAGCAUUGUUUCUCCUUAUGCAGUAGGAAUCCAAGACUGAACAAUGAGAAGCUUGAUGGGUCUAGAGAGCACUGGAUUUUUAAGGAAUUAGUUUAAGGAAAGGCUUGAGUGCUGCAAAGAGUAAAUGCCCUUGUAACUUGUGCAAGCUAAGUUUUGCUCUUGUGAUUCUUACCUUGCAAAACACACUUUCUUCCACUGCUUUUCUCCCCCACACAAACUUUGGCAAAUCUUUUAAAAGCUAAAAAGUCCUUUUUAAAAGGGACACUGGUGACAAAUUUUUCUGUCCUAAAGGGGCUGGGCAGAGUUUGUGCUCCCAUGGAGAUCCUUUUUGCCUCAGCUCAUUCCCUUGCUCCCUGAGAACAAUCCCUUCUCAUUUUCUGCUGGAAUGUUUAAGGCUUUCAGGCUUGAACCAGCUACAAUUUCCCCUCCAUUUCAAACCACGGUUAAUAACUGUAGAAGGGUAAAACCAUCAAACUUUGCAUUAGGCUAACACCUUGUCACUCUUGUUGAAUCCCAUAAUUCAGUGUCCUCUGAUGUUUUUAAAUAAGAAAAUUCAAGGAGGGAGUUUGUCCCAGUUUGUCAAUGAAAAAGCAACUCUUACUCAGGAGGGCCAAGAUUCACCCACAGAUUUCAAAUUAACCAUGACUGGAGAACAAAAAAUACAAGUAAGGAAAAAUAAGAGACAGCCAGGCUGAGAGAGGACAUGAUUUAAAGCAAAAGGAAACCAUGUUUUGGGUUUUGAACCUUCCCCCUCAUGUACACAACCAGUUUUAUGACAAAACCAAGGCACAAUGCACCUGCCCAUGUUGUAAAGCACUUCUGCAGCUAACUGCUGGCAUUUCCUCCCAGAAAAAUCCAUUCCCAUUGCCACUGGGAGUGUGUUUAGCAGGGCAAGGCUCACAGGCCAGGCUGCUGUCACCAGCCAGAGGGUUAUAAAAACUUUGCUCUGGGGUUUAGAAAGGAAUAUUGAGAAAUAAACAGGCACUGGGAAGCUUUCAGGUAUCAAACUUGCACACUUGUGGCUAUCUGGAUGGUUCUACAAACCACCUGGGGUAGGUUAUUGAAACAAUAGAUUAAGGUAUAUAUAAAGAUUUUAAGAUAAGUGCAUGCAUAAGUCAGAAAUACUGGCUCUCCUGUGUUUUCAUAGGGCUUUUGUGCCUUGCCUGGCUGGAUUUUGGUCUCUUCCACCUGGAUUUCCAGUGCUGUGGAGGCCCCUCAGCUGUGUCUGCCUCAGAGAACGUGCACUGAGCAUUUUCUCACCGUCACAUCCCUGUAAGUACUUCAGAACCAUCCCUUUAAUGCUUAGCUCUCCAUCACUACAAUGUUUGUGAUAGCAGUUGGCAGCUAAUAGAUAAAUGAUGCUGUUUCUUUUCCCUCCUGUUGGGAACACAGAAGAUGCUUGGCCUUAGAUCCUGUGCUUCUGAACGAAUACAAAGGGCAGCAUGCAGAACUUUGAUGUUGAUGCUGAACAGGUUUGGGGUUGAGGCAGGUGUUUUGUUGGUACACAGAUCCUCUGCUCUGGAGGGACCCUACCUGGAACACUGCAUGCAGCUCUGGGCCCCUGGUACAGGGAGGAACUGUUAGAGCGAAUCCAGAGCAGCCACCAAGCUGAUCAGAGGGAUAGAGCAGCUCUGCUGUGAGGAAAGGCUGAGAGAAUUUGGAUUGUUCAGCCUAGAAAAGAGAAGCUUCAGGCUGACCUAACUGCAGCCUUCCAGUACCUGAAGGGAACUUAAAGGAAAGAUGAGGCAAGACUACUUACAAGGGCAUGUGACAGGACAAGAAAAAAUGGGUUCAAACUGAAAGAGAGUUGGUUCACAUUGGACAUUAGAAAGAAAUUCUUUCCUGUGAGGUUGGUGAGGCCCUACUCAGGGAAGCUGUGGCUACCUUGGGAGUGUCCAGGGCCAGGCUGGAGGCGCCUUGCAGCAACCUGGGCUAAUGAAAGGUGUCCCUGCCCGUAGCAGGGAGAGGAACGAGAUGGUCUUGCGGUCCCCUUCCCACCCGAACCCUUCCAUGAUGCUCUAGACCACAUUCGCCGCUGCUCCACCCGCUCGCAUCGCCGCUGCUCGCCGAGCCGGAGCGGUGAGGAUACAGCGCCAGCGGGGCUUUGGGGAGCUCGGCGCCGCCUCCCCGAGGCCCGCCCGUGCCCGCCGGCUGUCCCCGCGGCUCUGUCCCCGCCGCUCUGUCCCCGCGGCUCUGUCCCCGCCGCGGCGGAGGGAGCUCACCGGAGCGGGGAGGGGCCGGGCCGGCCGCCAUGGCGGGGCGGGCGGCGCUGAGGCGGCGGUGAAGGGGCCGGGCGGGAGCCCUGAGGCGGCGAUGAGGGGGCGGUGAAGAGGCAAGGCGGGAGCCCCGCGGCGGUGAUGAACGGACUGUGAAGGGGCCCGGGCGGCGAUGAGGGGGCUGUGAAGGGCCCGGGCGGCGAUGAGCGGGCUGUGAAGGGGCCGGGGCGGCGAUGAGCGGGCUGUGAAGGGGCCGGGGCGGCGAUGAGCGGGCUGUGAAGGGGCCGGGGCGGCGAUGAGCGGGCUGUGAAGGGUCCGGGCGGCGAUGAACGGGUCAGGGCGGCUGCCGGCCGGGCCCGCGGAGCAGCUGGGCACGAACGGCAGCAGCCCCGCGGAGCUGCGGGAGGGCACCCACGCCGCCACGCUGGCCGCCUGCGCCUCCCUGCUGACCCUCGUCUUCUGCCUCGGCUCCUACGGCAACCUCAUCGUGCUGCUCUCCUUCUUCGACCCGGCCCUCCGGAAAUUCCGCACCGACUUCGACUUCAUGAUCCUCAACCUCUCCUUCUGCGACCUCUUCAUCUGCGGCGUGGCCGCCCCCAUGUUCGCCUUCGUCCUGUUCUUCGGCCCGGCCCGCGGCGUGCCGGGCACCUUCUGCUUCACCUUCCACCUCACCAGCUCCGGCUUCAUCAUCAUGUCGCUCAAGACGGUGGCGGUGAUCGCUCUGCACCGGCUGCGCAUGGUGCUGGGCAAGCACCCGCACCGCGCCGCCUCCGCGCCCUGCUCGCUGCUGCUCACGCUGCUGCUCUGGGCCGCCAGCUUCACCCUGGCCACGCUGGCCACGCUCCGCAGCCGCGGCUCCCGCCUCUGCCUGCCCAUGGCCAGCCUGCCCAGCGGACAGGGCAGGCUCAUCCUCUACCUCUACGUUACCGACUUCAUCUGCUGCGUGGCCGUGGUGUCCGUGUCCUACGUGAUGAUCGCCCAGGCCCUGCGCAGGAACGCGCGGGCGAGGAAGGGCCCGCCCGCGGUGGCCGUGGGCACCCCCAGGGCUCAGCCCUUCGCGGGGCCCGGGGCCGUGCCCGCCCUGUACAGGACCCAGAGCUGCACCAAGCCACCCCACGGCCAUGCCAAGCUCGCCGGCCGGCUCCCGCUGGCCUCGGCCGUCAACCUGGCCACGGCCAAAGACUCCAAGGCGGUGGUGACGUGCGUGGUCAUCGUGCUCUCCGUCCUGGUGUGCUGCCUGCCCCUGGCCAUCUCCUUGGUGCAGGACAUGCUGUCCGGCAGCGGUGGCUUUGUGCUCUACCAGUUUGAGCUGUGUGGGUUUACGCUCAUUUUUUUCAAGUCGGGAUUAAAUCCCUUUAUAUAUUCCCGGAACAGCGCGGGGCUGCGGAGACGCGUGCUCUGGUGCCUGCAGUACGUGGCCCUGGUCUUUUUCUGCUGCAAGCACAAGACGAGGCUUCGAGCCAUGGGCAAAGGCAGCCUGGAGGUCAACAGGAACAAGUCGUCCCACCACGAGACCAACUCAGCCUACAUGUUGUCUCCAAAGCCUCAGAAGAAGGGUUUGGAGCAGGCGUGCGGUGCCAGCCACUCCAAGGACAGCGUGCUGAGUCCCAAGGCGUCUGCGGGGCAGCAGCACUACGGGCACAGCAGCUCCACGCCCAUGAACACGCGGAUCGAGCCCUACUACAGCGUGUACAACAGCAGCCCCUCGGCGGAGGUGAGCACUCCUCACAGCCUGCAGCCCGCGGGCUUCGCCUUCGCCAAGCCCUGCAUCCCUGCGCUCCAUCCCUCCGGCAGCGCAGGGCGGGACAUACCGCUGCCCUCCGUGUAGCCUUGGCAGCGGCCAGCCCUUCCAGAGGGUCCCCUGCUCUGCUCCGGGGAGGAAUUGCUCCAUUCUCCAUGAUACUGCUGCCGAUGGACAGAAACGCCGCUCCCGUUUGCGUUUGAGGCGAACGCGGAGCUGUCGCCUCCGUGAUGCGCUCUGGAGUUCCCAUGGAGGGCCACCAAGGGGGAUAUUUUAGAUUUGGGAUUGUUGCACGAGGGUGGUUUUGUUACUCAUUUUUACUGCUGGGCAAGUAGAAAAAAACCUAGAUGCCACGAUUAUGUGGUUUAUUAUGUCGUAAGGCCAGGUUGGGCGGGGCUGAAAGUAACCUGGGAUAUAGGGGAAGGUGUCCCUGCCUGUGGCAGAGGAUGGAACUGGAUCAUCUUUAAGGUCCCUUCUAACCCAAACCUUUCCAUGAUAAUGCCGAGUAUCAUAGUAAUAUAAUAUAAUAAAAUACCUUAUAUUUUCAGGAAGGAAGAACUGGAAAGAUGCUUGGUAGUAUUUGAGUUUAAACUCUUCCUGUUGUGGAAGUUGGAAGAACCAAUAUUUUCCAGUAAUAACAAAAGUCCUUUAUCUUCAUGGGGUGAAACCCUGGUUCUGUUGAGGUAAAUGGCAAAAUUUCUAUGAACUCAGCUGAAGUUCAGGAUUUCAGUUUUGGCUUCUUCAAGUGGGACAAGGCUUUGUUUGGUCAGUGUUAUAUUCCCACUGGGGAGGGACAUUUGGGAAGUGUGGCACUGGGAUAAACCUCUGCAGUGUAUAUCUGCUGGGGAUUGGUUUUAAUGAUGGUGGCAUUCUGUAUCCCCAAAUUAUCUGGAGAAGUGUUUUACAUCUGAUAGAAAUAACCACAUGCUACUGAAUUAUUUGCAUUACUUGAGGAUAAAGAUUAAUUUUGCAGUAUUAUGUGACUGAUACACCAGGAGGAGCAGAGUCACCUCUGGAAUUCCCUAACUGGUCAGCUGUCAGGCACAGAGUCGUGUUGCUGCUUGCUCUUUUUGCCCAUGACUUUGUAUAAAUUGUGAUUUGGCUAUUCCUGACGAGAAGAACUGACAGCUGUUAACAUUUCUAAAACCAGAAUGACAAGUUUUUGAGGUUUUGUUAAGACUAACAUCAGUUUCAUCUGUCUGCUUAGAAAUUUUGUCUGUUGGUCUACACAGCAAGCAAGUAACAGAAGUUAAUUAUUUUUUUAUAAAUUCACCCAGUUGUGUUGUAUGUUAUUGUGGGAAUUCCAUGGGAGACAGAACAAUUCAGGGGCAUUUAAAUUCCUUACACUUCUUGCUCUAAGUGGCCAGAUCUCUUCCAAACAAGCAAUGACCUUUCAGCUUCUGUGGACUUCAGCAGAGCCUCAGUGUCUCCAAAAUAACUGUGCCACAGGCUUUUGAUACCUUGCUAUAGGAAAGUGCCACAUCUUCAGCAAAAUGACAGUGAUGGGAACGUGAUUUGUUACUCUAGGAACAAAAAAUGUCCACAUCAUUGCUGUCUGUGAGUUGUUGGUUCAGGCUUUUUGUUAACUAAACUCUUCUCAAGAUUCUCCUGGAACACUGUUCUUUGUUUAACACUGAAUAUGAAUUAAUUCUGAAUAAUUCAAACCAGCUUUCUUGCAAUAAAAUCAGUGUGAACAAUUUUCUAAUACAAAUGUAAAAUGGAAAUUA